UUUCUGCUGUCUCGUUCACGGUGCACUCAAAUUCCAUGGAGUCUGAUUGUCAGUUUGUCAGCGACUAGUGGUAAUUCGGAAUUUCGGUGGGAGCGCGUGGCUGUGUGAUAAAAAAUUCGCGUUCGCAUUUCACUUACGAUUUCCUGGCGAUGAGACUUUGUGUAGUUGUGCAUUUGCCGUCGUCGCCGUGGUUGUCGUGUUGUUCGUUGUGCCUCGCUGCACGGAUUAAGUAGGUUUCAUGGAUUCUUGUCUUUUAUCUAAUCGCGGACGAAGUAAAUGAAAAAUUGUAGCUGCACAACGAUCGCACGGUGUCAGCGCGCACUUUCUUCCAAAUUCGGCAUCGCGGCGUGGAAAUUGCAGUUGGGCAGUUGGUUGGUGUGCCGGCGGCGGUGAAUUGGGAAAAUCGUAUUGUGCGCGGGUGGGCGAGUUGAUGUUGAUUAGGUUCCCGGGAGCGUGGAAUCGUCGGACGUGGGAAUCUGGGACGGACCGGGGAGGAAGACGAGAAUUUGGUGCAGCCCAAGACGUCAGACGCGUCUGAAAAGUGUCUCGUCUUUUUAGGGAAUCGAACAGGCGACGUUCGCGGGCAGCUGGACUGCAGAGGACUUACGUUGAUUAAGUUGCUUUGGACGCGAAAUUGCAAACAAUUCUUCCUGCGAAAUUGCGUUUUCGUGUGAAGAUCGAAGGACUUUUGCGCCGGGGGCAGAUGUGUGAAGUGACGUGCGCGGCGUGAAGUGACGUAAAAGCUGAACAAGGUGUUGAGCUCGGAGUGAGGCUCGUCUCCCGGCUUCGUGGUGUUUUCCAGGCGAGUCCUAAAGUGUACGAUCAUUGAACCCUUGGCGCUUCUCGACUGAUUAUUCCACCAUAAAAAUAAAUGGGCAGGAAUCGAUCAGCCUGUGAAGGUCGGAGGUGUCAGGAGAAUCAAUAAGCUCUUUUAAAGAGCUUCUUAUUUGAAUAACUUAAACCAAUCAGAGGAUCAAAUUCACGUAUAAAAAUGGCACGCCAUUUAAUGGCAGUUUGCGUUGUAUGUUUACUAUGUGCCGAGCAUCUUCCAUGCAAAGAGCAUUUAGAUAAUUCCAACCCAACAACGAAGUCGAAUCUAGCAAAACUUGAAAGCCCAACCAACCAUGGCAGCAGCAACAAUCCAAAUUCAAUUAAUGAAGAAAUUUUGAAUAGUAAAUUAAGCUCCAGUGAUGUAUUGCGAAUAGAAAAUGCCUACAGAAAACCAAGAGGACGAACGAAAUCCACCCUUAAUGAGAGUCAAGCAAAAAAUCGCAGCAAAAGACAUGCACAUCAUCAUCAUCAUCAUAGCCAUGACGAAGAAGAAUCAUCAAAUGCACCAGGAAAUAUAAUUUCCAGGGAUUUCUUAAAGAAAAUCUUCCAGCAGUUUGGUGAUACGGAAGGUAGAACUAUGGAUUUGAAUGGGUUCGAAAAAAUGCUCACACAUUUAAGAUUGUAUAAUUUGAUUGAGGAUCGAGUUCAAGAAGACGAGACAGCAAUUAAGGCUUCAAAGGCAUCAGAAAUGGAAGCAAUAACAUCGUCAACGGUGAAUGAUUCGUGUAUAUCUAGUUUAGAACUUAUAAACCGUAUAUCACCAACAUCAUCUUCAAGCAAUCCAAUAAUAACGCACGAUCAUGAGGAUCCAGAUUCAAAUCGAGGACAACACAAUGAUGAGCAUGCCCAUGAUUCCACCACCACAACAGUCAUCAAUGAAACCACCGCUACUAAACCACGCACAGAAGAUCAUGAUGUUAAAUCACGAGUUUUUGUCAAUUCCAAUGAUUUAUACAAUAUUUGCCCGAUACUUUUGUAUCAGCUGAUAGCACCAACUCCAUUAGAGAAAUCAGGUUGCAUAGCAAGCGACCUUAUACCAAAGUACAACGUAAAACCAAUUGACGAACUAAUUGAAAUUGAAAAUCGAUUUUCCGUGUGGUUAUAUGCAAUCAUCUCGGUCCUUGGAGUGAGUUUAGUAGGACUGCUAGGGGUUGCCGUGAUUCCUUGCAUGGAUCGACAUUUUUACCAGCAUAUUAUACAAUUUUUGGUAGCGUUAGCUGUGGGAACAUUAGCUGGAGAUGCACUUCUGCAUUUACUGCCACAUGCAAUGGUUUCCAUAGAAAUGGAAGACGAUCACUCCGGCAUGGCAUGGAAAGGUCUGAUAGCAGUCAUCGGUAUAAUAUUUUUCUUUGCCACGGAGCGAGGGUUAACUAUGAUUGCCGAAUGGCGAAAAAAAAUCGAGAAAAAAGAGAAGCCAUCAUCCCGCGUGAGAGUAAUGCGAGAUCCCGAUUCAGCUUCAAUCAAUAAUUCUACAGCAGGUGAUAAACUGUGUAAAGAUCGAUACAAUUCAUACCCAUAUUGCUACAACGAGAUAGCAAUGGAAACCAAAGAAGACCACUACCAUCACCAUAACCAGAAAUCAAAUAGGGAAUCUAUGUCUGGUACACCCCUUAGCAAGAAGAAAAACAAUUGUAAUACUUACAAUAAUACCUGUAACGAUAAUAACGUUGUAAAGGACACCAAGGAUCAUGGCGAUCAUAAUGAGAAUGCCCAAAAACUUCUGCAAAAUAUUGACGUUGAUGGCGAUCGGGAUAAAGUCCGGCCCUAUCAAGAAGAGACAUAUACGAUUAUAUUGCGCGAGCAUGAAUCCUCACAUCAUGGUCAUUCGCACAAACAUGGUCACGUACAUUCUCCCCCAAGAUCAUUGAGUGCAGUAGCUUGGAUGGUUGUGAUGGGUGAUGGGUUACACAAUUUCACCGAUGGGAUGGCAAUUGGAGCUGCGUUUUCUAACAACAUUGCGGGAGGAUUUUCAACGGCCAUAGCGGUUUUCUGCCACGAACUCCCACAUGAAUUGGGUGAUUUCGCUGUUUUGCUCAAAGCUGGAAUGACGGCUAAACAAGCAGUUUACUACAAUCUUCUAUCAUCCGUUUUGAGUUUCUUGGGAAUGAUACUGGGUAUCAUAAUUGGAGAAACACCUGAGGCAUCAGCUUGGGUAUUUGCAUGUGCAGCUGGAAUGUUUUUAUAUAUUGCUCUUGUAGAUAUGAUGCCGGAACUAACGUCGGCGCACAACGAACGAUGCGCUCUUUCGCAAUGUGUUUUACAAAUUCUUGGAAUGUGCACUGGUUUGGGAGUGAUGCUUCUAAUCGCCUUAUUCGAGGACGAUCUGAAAAACAUGUUUUGAAUUGCUUUAUAGCAAACAUUCACGGCGAUUACUCACUUCUACUAGCGCACUUAUUCAGAUAUUGAUCUUAAUUCUAAUCGGAAAGGCAUCCUUUUAAUCCACGAUGCAACACCAAUUCCGAUUUGCUUAAAUUUGAUUACUUUGUAAAAUUCAUUUUUUCAGCGCAUUGAUUAUUUUCGGAAAGUAAUAAAGUGUAACAAACUGUGAAACAAUUGAUACUGAAUGAUUAGCGGAAAAUACAAAUGGAAUAUCUUAAAUUAUGUCCGCGUAGAUUAGAUAAAACGAUGCAAAAAAGGAGUUAGUUUCAAAUCCAAUCACAUUAGGUGAUGCAGUUCUAAAGAGUUUUCAUAUAUUGCAAUUAAAUUAUGAAAUAUUGUAUUUGAUUGUAUUCUAGAUUUGAUUUACGCAACGGAAAUAAAAAAGUAUAUUGAAA